AAUAAACAAAACCGUUAAUGGCAAUCUCGUAAUUCUCCUCCUAUACAAGGCCAAAUUUAAUAACCGCCGAAUUUUCAGAGACUUCCCAUCGACAGUUUCUCGCCGCCCGAUAUCAAUUCUCAAAACCCGAUAAACCCUUUAUUCAAAGAUAAAAUUUCUCAACAAUGAAUUAUCCAAUUUACCAUAUUAGCCCUACACCACAAUCAUCCUCCCGUUUUAGCAGGGGUAAACUGGUCUAAAAAUGACAGCAACGUUAUCCAAUUUCUGAUUUAUUUAGCUUAAGUUUUUAAAAUAAAUAAAUUUCAAAAUUUUCGAUCGUUACAAAACCAAUGUGGAAGCAGUAUUGUACCGUACGUUGUGCAAUACUACAAUUUUGAACUACUUUUUAUAAUUUUAAUAAAUUUGGAAACAGAAUCAAGAAAAUUAAUGCUACAGUUUCUUUCUUCUACUACUACCAAAAAAAGAUCAAGACUUGGCAAUAGCAAAACUCGUAAUUUUCAAGAUUAGGGUUUUGUUUUUGUUAGCGAGAAAUGGAAAUAGAAAUGGAAAUGGAAGAAGAAGAAAUGGAAAUGGAGUUAGUUUUCGAAGCGAGAGAAGUUGAUAUUGAUUAUGAAUUUGAUGCUGCAAUGCAUUUUGAUUUCACGCGUGCUGAGUCGCUUGCGGAGGCGCGUGAUGCUGAGCGGUGGUUUGAUAUGGCUCAGAGUUAUCCUCCUUCUCCUUUUGUGACAAAGCUUGUGGUAAGAGAGCAAAGUGUGAUUAGUGAAGAUUGUAAAGGUGGCUUAUUACACACAGAAGCAGCUCCUGCAAUGGAGGUGCAAAAGAAAGAAUGUGAAAGAACUUAUAGAGGGGUCUUUACCAACUUGCAAAAUUCCCAACUGCAUAAAGUUUCUAAUAAACCACCUGCAUUGCCUACAGAUUUGACUUCUUACAAUAAUACAUAUACCGGUCUCUCAAAAACAAAGGCGAAGUCCAAUUUGAAGCCUAAACUUCCGAGGAGUUCAACUUUAAUGAAACCUACCGCAAGUGUAUUAGCCAAGCAAAAUCGUCAUCCACAAGUUGACGGUUUCAGAUUGCAGCCUCUAUUUGAUCAAAAGGAGAAAAGCAUAUGCAGUUCUUCUGCAGUUGAAAGUCAAGCUGCAAAGAGACAGAAGCUAGAGGGAGGCCACUCUCGUAAAGUUGAUGAUGCAAUGCAACAAAUUGAUUUCAUCCACAAGGCACCGAAAAGGGAUGGAGUUGUUGAUAAAACCUCUGUUCAAUCCAGGCUGAGGCUUACUAUUCCAAGGGAGCCUGACCUUGUAACAGCACAUAGGGCACAAAGGAUGAGGCCUAAAACUAGCACAGAAGUUGAACCUGUGGCAGUGCUUGCACAAAGAUUUAAAGCGCGUCCAUUAAACAGAAAAAUUCUCGAGGGUCCUUCAUUGCCUCUGCCAAAGAAAAGCACUCCAAAGUUACCAGAGUUUCAAGAGUUUCAUUUGAAGACAUUAGAGAGGGCAAUGCAGCAUGCAUCUGCAGUUUCAUCUUCUUCACUGCAGCACAAUGAUUUUGAACAGGUGGAAAAACCUAAUGCAAUUUCUGCUGCAGACAUUGGAAAAAGAGAAUUUAGAAGACCAAGCACCAUGAAUGCUCCAAAGCAGCAGGACGUAUGCAGCGCACCGCUGAUCUUUAAAGCUCGUUCUCUAAAUAAGAAGAUAUUCACAAGCAAGGGAGACAUUGGUGUUUUUCGAAAUAGCAAACGGGAGACCACAGUGCCAACGGAGUUUAAUUUUCAUACAGAAAAGAGGAGUCAUCAUAAUCCACCACCCAUAGAUCUUUUCAGUAAGCUCUCUCUGACAUCUGAGCUCCAGCCAAACAACAAUGGAUGUCGGUUGCAAUUUCCUCGGCCAAACUUUAUGUCCAUAAAGGGCUCAAAAGAAAAUAGACUGAAUAAUUUGCAAACAGAACAUAAGAUGACACAUUUAACAAAGGAAAAGCCGCUGAUUUUUGGUGCAAAGCAGACUCAUGGCAGUGAAGUUGGAAAUCAAUUGAGCGCCAGGAGCUUGGGUGUCCGGUGAUAUCUCAAUGGAAACCUCAAAUUGGUUUGCUGCACAGCAUCAUACAGUUUCUACCGUUGAAUAUAUGGAGAAAAAAAACCCGAACAAUUCAAAAUAGUCGAUAAACAUAGCAACAUUUUUGUUGUAUACAGAAUCGAUGUUAGUUUACAUCGAUUAAAAGAGGUUAUUUAGCUAAGACGAAACUGAUCUCGCUUAACUAACUUCGUCUCCAACAAUUAGUAUGCCUCUUUCCUUAGCUCAAUAAACUGGUUGCAGAGCCAGCAUUGUACAGCCAUUAGAGCCUCCUCUUUAACCUUAUACCAUUUUCAGGUCCUUUUGUAGCUUGCAACUACUAGUAAUGAAAAUUUACAGAAUAGAGAUUUCUUUAAA